UGUGCGAUGAGUAACGGGACCUAGACUGAACCUCUGGCAUUUCAGUAACAGAUUUUGGUUCCCUCAUCAGGAAGACAUUGCUCUUGGCUUGGCUGUCACCAGCUGGGAGAAUUUCUGCAAACCUAAGGAGCAGCCCAUCCGUUUUAGGCAGGAUGUGGGUUUUAGUCUCCAUUUAGCAUUGCUGCUGCAAGCCCCAACCACAUUUCUGAUUGCCUAGGAAGAACAGCCUUUGAAAUUUGACAUCUGCAUGUGAAUAGCAUCAAACUCUGUAAAAUAUUUGAAGAGAUUUAUUCUGAGCCGAAUACAAGUGACCAUGCCCGUGACACAGCCCUCAGGAGGCCCCGCGAACAUGCACCCAAGGUGGUUCAGCUAAAAGAGAAGAAUUGUACUAUUCCCAACAGAAGGAAAAGAUUUCUUUACAUAUUCAUCAAUGUCUGAAGAAGUUACUUAUGCAGAUCUUAAAUUCCAGAACUCCAGUGAGACAGAAAAAAUCCAAGAAAUUGGCAAAUUUGGGGAAAAAGCACCUCCAGCUCCCUCCCGUGUAUGGCGUCCAGCAGCCUUGUUUCUGACUCUUCUGUGCCUUCUGAUGCUCAUUGGAUUGGGAGUCUUGGCAAGCGUGUUUCACAUAACUUUGAAGAUAGAAAUGAAAAAAACGAACAAACUACAAAACAUCAGUGAAGAGCUCCAGAGAAAUGUUUCUCUACAACUGAUGAGUAACAUGAAUAGCUCCAACAAGAUUAGGAACCUCUCCACCACACUGCAAAUAGUAGCCACCAAAUUAUGUCGUGAGCUAUAUAGCAAAGAACAAGAGCACAAAUGUAAGCCUUGUCCAAGGAGAUGGAUUUGGCAUAAGGACAGCUGUUACUUCCUCAGUGAUGAUGUCCAAACAUGGCAGGAGAGUAAAAUGGCCUGUGCUGCUCAGAAUGCCAGCCUGUUGAAGAUAAACAAUAGAAAUGCAUUGGAAUUUAUAAAAUCCCAGAGUAGAUCACGUGACUAUUGGCUGGGGUUAUCUCCUGAAAAAGAUUACAUUUCUGCUGAGAUCGUGGAUAAUAUAAUCAACUCCUCUGCCUGGGUUAUAAGAAACGCACCUGACUUAAAUAACAUGUAUUGUGGAUAUAUAAAUUAUCUACAUGUUCAAUAUUAUUACUGCACUUAUAAAAAAAGAAUGAUAUGUGAGAAGAUGGCCAAUCCAGUGCAGCUUGGUUUUAUACAUUUUAGGGAGGCAUGAGGCAUCAAUCAAAUACAUUUAAGAAGUGUAGGGGGUGGGGGUUCUAGGCUAUAGGUAAAUUUAAAUAUUUUCUGGUUGAUAAUUGGUUGAGUUUGUCUGAAGACCUGGGAUUUUAUCAUGCAGAUGAAACAUCCAGGUAGCAAGCUUCAGAGAGAAUAGAUUGUGAAUGUUAAUGCUGGAGAGGUAUAAUGAAGCAUGUCCCACCUCCCACUUCCCAUCAUGGCCUGAACCCUGGAGGAAGAGGAAGUCCAUUCGAUGGUUGUGGGGGGCCUUCGAAUUUUCAUUUUCAUUUACAUUCUUUCCCUUCUGGCCAAGAUUUGCCAGAGGCAACAUCAAAAACCAGCAAAUUUUAAUUUUGUCCCAUAGCGUUGCCAGGGUGGCAUGGCUCCCCAUCUUGGGUCCAUCCUAUACUUCCGUGGGACUCCCUAUGGCUGAAGGCCUUAUGAGUCAAAAGACUUAUAGCCAAUUGAUUGUACUAGCUCAGAUAAGAAUGGAUGUGGACAUGCACUUAUUACCUCUUAAAAUUAUUAUUUUAAGUAAAAGCCAAUAAACAAAAAUGUAAAGGCAA